AUGCAUUUUCCCGGAGUCGCACUGGUGACUGGAGCUGGAUCAGGAAUCGGCCGUGCGACUGCGUUUCUCUAUGCCAAGGAGGGAUGUACACGCAUUGCUGUGGCCGACAUAAACAAGAGCAACGCCGAUGAGACAAGGAAGGAGAUUGAGACGAAAUACUCCAAUGUUGAUGUUCUAUCAAUCCAAGUUGAUAUAACAUCCGAGCAAUCGGUAAACGACAUGGUUUCUCUCGUUGUUCGCAAGUUCAACAGAAUCGACUAUGCUUGCAACGCCGCGGGCGUUCUCAUCCCUGGGCCGACCGACGAGGUGUCAGUGUCGGCCUGGAAGAAACAAAUCGACGUCAACCUCCACGGCACUUGGCUGUGUCAUCGCGCCGAAAUCAUUCAGAUGCUCAAGCAGGACGCUAUCAAGGCCGACGAUGGCUACUUCCCCAGUCGCGGGUCCAUUGCCAAUGUGGCAUCCAUGUGCGCGCUCAUGGUCUACGAUCACCUGCCGGCUUACUGUGCAAGUAAGCACGCCAUAUUGGGCUUUACUCGGGCCGACGGCAUGAGAUAUGCCAAACAAGGUAUCCGUGUCAAUGCCAUUUGUCCCGGGGUCACAGCGACGCCGAUGGUGGGAGAUGUGCCGGAAACCGCUUCGAGCGGCAGCCUAGACGCCCAAGCUAUGAUGAAUGAGAUGGCAACGGGCAGGUUUGGUCUUCCUGAAGAAGUUGCCGAGGCCAUAGUCUGGGUGACGAGCGGGCGAGCCAGUUUGAUCGUUGCCGGUCACUUGACGCCAAAUGGUGGAAUGAUCGGAGCGUAG